AUGGAAGUGGAAACUAAAUUGAGCGUUAUCGAGUUGAAGGCGAGACCUCAUGCAGCGGACGAUGACACGUCCACGUACGACGAGGAGGCGGCAGUGGAAGCGGCGGCGGCGUUCGCCCGCGCCUGCGCACCCGACACACAGCGCCUUCUCGCCUCGCCCGCUGCCGCCAGGCACGAGCGGCGCGUGCUCCUCACCGACAACCGUGACCAGUGA